CACUACGUCAGACGUAGCGAUUUUCUUUGAAUAAAAUUUCUGUCUUCGAGUUUGGAGAGAGUUUUCUCUUCUCAAACUACGAGAACAUUGAUAAAGAACUCAAAGGAAGAGAAUAGAGCCACUAAAAACUUAUCCUGCGAAUUAUUUAUUUGUUAAAAGGAAAAACACAAGUAAACAUGGAGGGAUCUCAUGUUAAUGGAAUAGCUGUGAGCGAAGCGACGAACGUUCAGCCACCUACGGAUACGAGUACGACUGGCAUCGAGGUGAAUGGAGAUGACAAGGAGAAGAAAACGCCAGGGGCAAAUGAAAAAGGCGUCGAGGACCAAAAACAGUCGUUUAAAUUUGUUUUAAAAACAAAAACAAGCGUAUCCAGUACGGAAGAUAAUACUGAAGAUAAAGAUACUGAAACGGAGGGAGAAAGGGCGUAUUCGUAUGUAAUACGCUCACAGACGUCUGUUGAAAGUUACGAAGACACCAGAGAUAACCCUACAACGCCACCAAGUGACACACAGUUAAAGUUUACUGUGAGAACAAAGUCCACCGAAGAUCAUGAAACAGGGACGGAUAAUACGGGGAUAGAAAAUGGCUCGAUAUCAACAACAGAUGAUGUUUUUAAUGAAAUCGGAGAAACCCAAACUGAAGAAGAGAAAGAAAUCGCUUCUAAAGCAACUGAAAUUGUGGCAACGAUUUUAAACAAACUAGAAGAAGAGGAAAAAAACAAAGGUGAAGUACAAAAAGUUGAAGAAGGAAAAGCAGAAUUAGAAUCAGGAGAUGUUUUAGCAGCAGAAGUUCCUGCACAAGAAAUGCAGCACUCAUCUGAUGAUAAAGAUGGCAAGGCUGAAGUGGAAGUGAUGAAAUUUGAAUCAAGCGAUGAAAAAUUUGAAGUAGAAGAAAAAGUGGACGUAGAAUCUGCACCAGAAGACGUAUCAGCAGUAGUAGUUCUUGCACAAGGAGCGCAGCAGCCAUCAGGAGACAAAGAAGACAAAGCGGAAGUUGAAGUGAUAAAAUUUGAAUCAAGCGAUGAAAAAGUUGAAGUAGAGGAAAAAGUGGACGUAGAAUCUGCAUCAGAAGACGUAUCAGCAGUAGUAGUUCCCGCACCAGAAGCCCAAAAGUCAUCAGGAGACAAAGAAGACAAGGAAGAAAAGGCGAACGUAGAAGCGAUUAAAUUUGAAUCAACCGAGGAAAAAGCAGAAAUAGAAGAGAAAGUGGAUGUUGAAGUAGAACCAGCAACAAUAGCUACAGCGCAAGGGGAAGAACAAGAUCAAGAUAAAGAACACAAAGCUGAAGUAGUAGCAAUGAAAUUUGAAUCUAACAAAGAAGAAGAAGACGUACAAGAAAUAGCUGACGCUCAAACAAAACCAGAAGAAAUACUAGGUUCAGUCGUAAUAGCACAAGAAAAACAGCACUCAACUGAGGAUCAAGAAGAAAAGGCUGAAGUAAUGACAAUGAAAUUUGAAUCCAAUGAAGAAAACGUCGAAGUAGAAGAAACAGCUAAGGUUGAUAGAGCACCAGCAGUAGUUGUGUUACAAAAUGAACAGCAGCCAUCAGAGGAUCACGAAGGCAAAGCUGAAGUAGUUGCAAUGAAAUUCGAGUCAAGAGAAGAGGAGACUGAAGUAGAGGAGAGAGCUGAUGUUGAAGCAGGACAGGAUGUAGUAGCAGUUACUGUGCAAGAAAACCCACAGCCAUCGGAGGAUAAAGAGGACAAAGCUGAAGUACUUGCCAUGAAAUUUGAAUCCAAUGAAGAAAAAGUAGAAGAAACAGCUGAUGUCGAUGAAGCACCCACAGCGGCAGUUGUUGUAGAAGAAGCACAUCAGCCAUCUGGAGAUCAAGAAGACACAGCUGAAGUAAUGACCAUGAAAUUCGAGUCAAGAGAAGAGAAGGUUGAAAUGGAACAAACAGCUGAUGUUGAAGAAGCAGCUCCAGGAGUAGUUGCAGCGGAUGAAGAAACCAAACCGACACCUGAGGAUCAAGAAGGCAAGGCUGAAGUAGUUGCCAUUAAAUUCGAGACAAGAGAAGAGAAAGUUGAAGUGGAGGAGACAGCUGAUAUCGAACCAGGACAAGUUGAUAUUGCUGCAGCAGUAACUUUGCAAGAAGACCCACAGCCAUUGGAUGAUAAAGAGGACAAAGCUGAAGUAAUUGCUAUGAAAUUUGAAUCCAAUGAAGAACAACUAGAAGUUGAAGAAACAGCCGAUGUUCAGGAAACCCCAGUAGACGUAGUUGCUCUACAAGCUGAUCAGCACUCAAGUGAAGAUCAAGAAGGCAAGGCAGAAGUAGUUGCCAUGAAAUUCGAGACAAGAGAAGAGAAGGUUGAAGUAGAACAAGCAGCCGAUGUUGAAGAAACACCCCCUGCGGUAGUUGCUGUAAAAGACGCAGAGCAGCCAUCUGGAGACCAAGAAGACAAAGCUGAAGUAAUAACAAUGAAAUUUGAGUCAAGAGAAGAGAAGGCUGAAGUAGAACAAACAGCCGAUGUUGAAGAAGCAGCACCAGAAGCAGUUGCAGCACAAGAAGAAACCAAACAAACAGCUGAGGAUCAAGAAGGCAAGGCUGAAGUAGUUGCCAUAAAAUUUGAAUCCAAAGAGGAAAAUGUAGAAAUAGAAGAAACGGUUGAUGCCGAAGGAGCACCAGCAGUUGUUGUUGCACAAGAAGCAGAAAAACCAUCUGAAGACCAGGAGGACAUGGCUGAAGUAAUGACAAUGAAGUUUGAAUCCAAUGAAGAAAAUAUAGAAAUAGAAGAAACGGCUGAUGUUGAGGCAGCACAAACUGAAAUUUCUGCAGAAGCCAAAGCAAUAAAUGCAACUGGAGAUGAAGAAAGUAAAGCCGAGAUUGUAACCACAAAAUUUGAAUCUAGUGAAGAAACUAUUCUGAGAGAAGAAACUGCAUUUGAGGAGGCCAAAGAAGCGAAAGUUUUUGUGGAUGCAGUUAAAAUAGGAACCCAAGCUUCACAAUACAAUGAUCAACAAUUAUCACCAAAAAAUGAAUAUGUUGUUGAACGUUUUCUGUAUAAACCUCUAUCACAACAUGAGAUACAAGAUGGAGGAGAAGAUUCCGACGGACUAGAGGAAAAACCCAUCGUUAAAGUUCGCUUGGCUGAAGAACCUUUCCAAACUGAUUUGGAUGAACAUGAUGGUUAUAUCGUAGAAGUCCAUGGAACUGAAGUAGACACAGAAGAAAUUGUCACUUCGCCUGAAUUUGAAAGUCAACCAGCAGAAGAUAUCGACGGGUUGUUGAUCAAGGAAGAGCACAAUAGUGAUAACGAAGAAAACGACAGUGACGGAGAAAUUGAAGUAAAAAUUCGAAGAUUUUCCCAAGAAAACCAAGAGCUUAUACGUGAUGAUAGUGAAGAUGAUGAAGACUCGCCAGUAGAUUGGAUGGCCAAGGAUGAUACAGACGAAGUAGUAUUCCGAGGAGAAGCACCAACGAUCUCUUUAGAGGUAGAGGAAUCAGAAACUAGUCCAACAAGGAACAAUGAUGAUGCUCACAUAUCACUCGCAGGUGGAGGGAAAAUAUUCAUUGAUGAUGUAGUUGUCCCAGAUACACGAGAGGUCGAGGUCUGUAGCGGCCUUGAAAGCAUGUUUGCACCAGAAGAAUUGCGAGAACCAGAAGAAUUUAAACCUGACGACAAAGUUUUAAAUUAUGACAUUUAUAAAGAUAUAGAAGAAGAGAGAAAACGGUUUGCUAGUGAGGGAAAGGGUGCAACAGAAUCUGGAAAGAAUGUUGAGGUACAUGAAGAAGUUCUGGCAAACGAGGUCAAGAGAAAAGAAGUGAGCGACCUUGAUAUUAAACUGAUGAAUGAAAACCCUCAUGAUAAAGAAGGGAUGGAAGGGUUUGAGAUUGAAGAAGAGAAACCACCCUCGCCUCUUGAAGCGAAGGAAAGUAAAGAAAGAGGCAUUAAACAAAUCUUUGAAACCGAAACCUUUCGGUCUUCUGGUGAAUUUUUGAGUCCAGUACAAGAAGGUGAAGAAUAUGACCCUAGUGCUAACACAAAAGAUGUCAACUUAGUUUUUGAAAAGAAAGCUGUGGUUGACGAAGAAUCUCUUCAAGCAAGCGAGCAAGAAAAGCGGUGUUCACUUGAAUGGUCUUUGUUAGACAAGUGGAAAGAAAUGGAGAUGAAAGCGAAGAGAAACAGCUUAGAGCURGAAGAAUCGAAAAUUCAAUCAGAAACGAUAAACGAAACUGAAUCCGAUCAACCUGCUGUCUUAACUGUGUCGACAUCAGAAGAAAGUCAAGACGACCAGGGAAUAAAUGAGUUUGAGAAUCGAGAGAGCGAAGAGCCCGAGGUUACAGUAACAGAGACAACAGAAACAACACCUUCAUCGUUUUCCAAGGUAAAAACAACCAAGACUGUCACGAAGACCAGGAUCAUCAAAGCCAGAACCGAAGUACAACCUGAAACACAGAAAGAAGAAGUUGAGCGCCCUGACAGGGAGAAGGAGCUGAUGCCAGAGGAGCCACAAGAAGUCCCAGAAAGAAUAAAAGAUGAACCACAGCCCAAGGCUCCUUCAGAAGAACCGUCAAAUCAAAUGUCAACGAUUCUUUUCCGAAUGGAUGGAACCCCAAUCGUCAUUCCUCCUGAACCGUCUCAAAAGAAAGUAGAGGAGAAACCGGUAGAAGAAGCCCCUAAAGAAGAACCAGAGCCUGAACCAGAAGCGGAACCGAGUUCAGAAACAGCUCCAAUGGCGACAAUAUUGUUCAAAAUGGAUGGAACGCCAGUGAUUAUUCCAGCGGCGCCCAAAAACGAGGAAAAGCCGCCACCGUCGCCAAAGCCAAAGAAUGUCGUCUUUAGCGGUGUUCGACCGCAGUCUCAAGCAUCAGUCGAAUCAGUUCGAGGUGAACAUGAAGGAAUUCCACCACUAGCUGGCGAAGAAGAAAGCGAUAUCGAUGAUUCGAGUCUACACCUUGCGAAACACCCGCCAACAGCGUCUAGAGCACCCACAGUCAGCCCCGUUAAAGAGGUAACAACACCAGAAAAGGGAUCCGAACCUGUCGAGGAGCAUGAAGCAGAGAGCCCUUUACUUGAUAAUUCGGCAAGUCCAGGACAAAAAUGCUGUGUUAUUUUAUAAAUAUGUGGUUAAAAAUACGGUUGAAAGUCUAUAGAGCAGCUUUCCUCAAUGAAUUGUCAUGUGGUCGCAAAAAUAGAGGUUGGGUGAUUGCUGGAGGUAUAAAGUUAUUUCAAAAAACCGUUGUCAUCGUUAAAGGCGAUAGUCAAUAGGCGAUAGGCGAUAGUCAAUAGGAGAUAGGUCUAUCUCACAUCCAAGAAUAGCUGGAAUGACUUGUGUUUCUGCUUCUUAUUCUCGUCAAGAACAUGGACCUUAGCGUUGAGACUGAUUCAAUGUUGCUUCCAGUCAACGAAACCAUUUCCAUGUCGGAAUGACUAUCGCCUAUCGCUUUUGGAGAUGGCAAUGCUUAUUGAAAUAGGUGUAAACUUGUAGUCGUGUAAAAACUCUCUUCGGGACUUUGACAACAAGAACGUUAAACAUAUUCUAAUGUACUUUGCAAUCUUCACACAAGGAAGCGAAAAACCACUUGAUAUAGACUUUAUCAUUGCGCAGAUUGAGAGCACCGCAAUCUCGUACCCAUAGGGCCCUGGCAUAAUCCAUUUUUGGCGCAUGUGCAAUUUCCCGGAAGUUAAAUAUUAUCAAAGAAAAUCAUGAUUUCAAACAAAGUUGUGUGUUUACUUCCGUUCAAAAUAAAAAUUAGAAUUACUAGCUUUUUUAGCUUUAGGCAAGUCUUUGAACGCUUGCGCUUUUAUACCGGAAGUCCAAGAAAUCCUGGUCUCAAAAAAUGGAUUAUGCCAGAGCCUUCGUUCUUCGCCGCAGGCAAGAAGAAACGCUGGCUCUAGGUACGAGAUUGAGAGCACUGAAGAAACUUGACUCUUACACCUUCACUUAUAACUUGCCGCGGUGGCAUAAGAUUUGAUAAUAGCGCAGCGCACUGAUCCUAAAAAUAGCUUAAAGAUUCGGACAAACAUUGCAUUCUGUUUAACCGCUACGAGGAUUAUACGAACCGAUUUUAUUAUUUUUACUUAAAGUUACAAUAAUGACCC